UCUACCUCAAACGUCUCGAGCGCACAAACUGAACGGAAGGGAACUCGAGCGCGAGCCGAGACCGUAUGACUGAGAUCCCACACGGCGAAAUAAACAUGAGCUGCAGAUCGAACUCGAGCGUGUCUACGAAAAUGAACGGCAGAUAAAGCAUCAGUACAAGCUGCAUCCUGAUGCCAGUUCAGCACCUGGAGGAAAAGUCAUUUUUUUUCAGAGCACUUAUCAGCAUGUCCUGAACCUUGCUCUCCGGUCCCCAAAGAUCUUGCAUUGCCUUCUUUUUUUUGUGAUAAGACCUUCCCGACGAUUACCUAGGACUUUUAAUCAGAUCUAUACGACUGCUGGAGUUAGUGUGUGAAAGAUGUCUCCUGAAGGUCUCAAGAAUUAGCGGGGAACUUCAGACCUUCUUUAAACUCUUGUACCUGAAUGUAGAACUGGUUUAGACAGUCUUUUUUUGUUUCAUCCAACCUAUCGGCCCUUAAAAACAAUGGCGUCUUACAGCCCUGCACCCACAGAGGAGCAGUCCUCAGAGGUGUCCAACAUAAACCUGAAGGCAAAUGGCUCACAGGAGUCCAUGAAACUGAAAAAAGAAAUAUCUUUGCUCAAUGGUGUGUGUCUCAUCGUGGGAAACAUGAUUGGCUCUGGGAUCUUCGUCUCGCCCAAAGGCGUACUGAUGUAUAGCGGCUCCUAUGGGUUGUCUUUGGUAGUGUGGACAGUUGGCGGGAUCUUCUCUGUGUUCGGGGCACUCUGUUAUGCCGAGCUCGGGACCACCAUCACCAAGUCCGGAGCCAGCUAUGCCUACAUCCUGGAGGCUUUUGGAGGCUUUUUGGCUUUCAUUCGUCUAUGGACUUCUCUUCUGAUAAUCGAGCCCACCAGCCAGGCUGUGAUAGCCAUCACCUUCUCCAACUACAUGGUGCAGCCCAUCUUCUCCACAUGUAUACCACCCUACGUGGCCAAUCGCCUGCUGGCUGCAGCAUGCAUAUGCUUGCUGACCUUUGUGAACUGUGCCUAUGUGAAGUAUGGAACACGUGUUCAGGACUUCUUCACCUACGCAAAGGUCAUUGCCCUCAUCGCUGUCAUCAUCACUGGCCUGGUCAAGAUAUUCCAGGGUUACACACAGAAUUUUGAAGGGCUGUUCUUAGGUUCAUCUCGGGAUUCAGGUGAUGUGGCUCUGGCAUUAUAUUCGGCUCUCUUCUCCUACUCUGGAUGGGACACGCUCAACUUUGUCACAGAGGAGAUCAAAAAUCCUGAGAGAAAUCUCCCGCUGGCCAUUGCCAUCUCCAUGCCCAUUGUCACAGUGAUCUACAUUCUUACCAAUUUGGCUUACUAUACAAUCCUGCCCAUUCCUGCCAUCCUGGACAGUGACGCCGUGGCUGUGACAUUUGCAGACCAGGUAUUUGGGUAUUUUAAUUGGACAAUACCAGUCGCUGUAGCCUUCUCCUGCUUUGGGGGAUUAAACGCUUCAAUAGUGGCUGCUUCAAGGCUGUUCUUCGUGGGCUCUAGAGAGGGCCACCUGCCAGACUACCUGUGCAUGAUUCACGUCACCCGCUUCACCCCCAUCCCUGCCCUACUCUUCAAUGGUGCCAUGGCUCUUGUGUACCUGUGUGUGGAAGAUGUCUUUAAACUGAUUAAUUACUACAGCUUCAGCUACUGGUUCUUUGUGGGUCUGUCGAUCCUGGGACAGCUGUACCUGCGACGGAAACAACCAGACAGACCAAGACCACUAAAGCUCAGCCUGUUCUUCCCGAUUAUAUUCUGCCUCUGCACAGUAUUUCUUGUGGUGGUGCCUUUAUAUAGCGACACUAUCAACUCAUUAAUCGGCAUUGCCAUUGCCUUAUCGGGGGUCCCUGUCUACUUCCUGUGCUGCCAUCUACCUGCCACACGUAGGCCUAUGUGGCUCAGGAAAAUUAUUGCAUCUUCAGGUAUUCUUAUUCAGAAGGUGUGCUACUGUGUUCUUACGGAGAUGGACACGGAGGGGGAAAAGGCAGAAUAGAAGAAGAAGAGGAUGACGCCAUGACAAGAAACUGUAAUAAAUCUCUGGACCCACAACUUGACAUGCAAUACACAAAACUGCUGAUGUGAUUAAACUUGUUUAAAACUGGUUUACACGAAUAUCAUUUUAGAGUGGGUGUGAAAACUCCCCCUAUGUCAAAGCAAGUCCUUUAUAUUUAUUAGAGAUAUUUAUUCUGCGUUUUGAUCCAUUGAAUGCUGGAUUGAUGGGGAACAGUAAACCAAGUCCUUGCAUGUUCCGGUGAUAAAAUUAUAGCACUGAUCACAGAGAAAUAAUUUAGAGACAUUUGUCCAAUUGAUUUGAAAGUGUUAUGGACCUAAUUCUUGCACAUUAAUUAAUACACACUUAUAAAAGACCUUGUUGUUUGUUGAAGAAAGGAAAUGCCAGUACAGCAUCUUUAUCUUUACAGGUGUGUAUAUGAAUAUUGAAAGCAGUAUUUUCCAUGUUUUCUUUUCUAAAGACUGAAAUAACCAAGGCAGUGUUAUUUUGGAUUUGUAAUAAAUAACUGGUUGAAUAAAACAAAAACAAAAAAAUU